UGUACCUUGGGUGCGUUAAAUAUGGAGACUGGUGGUGAGCUUGUGGCCUCUUUACGCACGCAUUCUGCCGAGUACUGACAGCGCAUGGGGAGAGAGUUUUUGAGAAGUUUUGAGAUAGUUUUUUUUUAUUUUUUGAUCAUUUAUCAUAAAAAAUGGAGAAGGUGUUAGACAUUUUACACGAUGAGCAUGCCGAGGACUCCGUUUCUGCUGGAGACUCCACAUCUGACGAUGACGAUGGAGACUUGUUGUUCGGCAGCGACAAUGACUACAUGCGUCCAUUAGAAAGUGAUGAUGAGGGACCAUCCACACCCCAGACAGACACCACUCCGAUGCAGCGAGGGUGCCCUCCUCAUCCAGCUUCGGCUCCCCUUCCUCUGCUCUCCUCCUCUGAUUCAGACUCACCCGAAGAGAGGCAGCCGAGACGCAAAGGGAAACCCCCACAAAAAACUUCAAGCAAGCGUGGUCGAGGUGGGUCAGGCAAGCGUGGUCGAGGUGGCUCUACAACACCAGCAGUGAGAGACGAAGAGGAAGAAGAGGAGGAGAGGUGGCAUAACAGACAGGAGGAGGACAAAAAACCUGCCCCUUUUCGAUUCAAGCCGGCUAGGAUCCCUGGCCCUACAUUCGACACGACACUGUCAUGGUCUCCCCUUGCACUCUUCCAGCUGUUUUUUUCCACCUCUGUUGUCAAUACUAUAAUCAGCAACACAAAUGCCCACGCUGCCAAGAGACAACAAGCGGGGAAAAAGCUCAAGUGGGAAGUGCUUACAGUGGACGGGUUUUAUACAUUUUUGGCUGUGAUCAUUUUCCAUGGUCUUGUGACGGUCCACAAUUUUGCAGACUAUUGGAGGAAGACAUCCCCGUACAACUUCUCCUUCCCACGUGACAAAAUCACACGUGGGCGUUUUGAGGCCAUCCUGUGGUCACUUCAUCUCAGCAACCCUACUGAAGAUGAGGAAAAUGAACGAAAGAAGACCACUGGGGAAUAUGACCGUCUAUUCAAAAUAAAGCCGCUCUACAGUGAGCUGGUGACGGCCUGCAAGGCACACUUCCAUCCACGUCAAAACCUUUCCAUCGACGAGCGCAUGGUUGCUUCCAAAGCCAGAAUAAGCAUGAAGCAAUAUAUGAAGGACAAGCCCACAAAGUGGGGGUAUAAGCUUUUUGUUCUGGCGGAUUCUUCCAUAGCAUAUACAUGGAACUUUUUUGUCUACACAGGAAAGAGUGUGUCCACCACAGGUCACGCUCUGAGCUACACAGCAGUCAUGGACCUAUUGCCUUUUGCUGCGCUUGGUGGGGGCUACACUGUGUAUACGGACAACUUUUACACAAGCCCUGCCCUGGUCCAGGAUUUGGCGAAGAAGUUCAUCGGCUGUUGUGGAGCCAUCCGGAGAGAUAGUAUUGGUUUUCCUAAGACCGAAGCAAACGACCUUCCUAAGGAUGCUGAGAGGGGAGAUCUGCGUUGGAUGCGGCGCAGGAACCUCCUCUUCGUAAAAUGGAUGGAUACACGCGAAGUGUCCAUGUGCUCGUCGGUGCAUGAGGCCUUCACUGGUCAGACGGUCAGGCGGAGGGUGAAGGAGGCUGGCGUGUGGCAGGUGAAGUCUGUACCCGUCCCCGACGCUGUAGUGGACUACAACCACAGCAUGGGGGGUGUGGACCUAUCGGAUCCACUGAUAGGCUACUACAGCGUCAGCCACAAGACCAUGAAAUGGUAUAAACAUUUUUUUUACCAUUUUGUGGACAUCGCAGUGGUGAACAGCUUUCUGCUACACAAGGAGCUGCUGGAGUUGCGGAACCCUACCCAGACAAAGCCGUACACCCAAAAGACCUUCAGAGAGCAGCUGCUGAAAGAGAUGGUGGCGUUUGCUGAAGGCUCAGCAGCUACUCCACCGCCUGCCUCUGCGCCCACCACGUGCAUGCCCAUCUACUAUGCAAGUGAGGACAAGCAAAUUCGCAAGCAUUGCAAGAGGUGCCUCAAUGCUGGGAUCCCAAGGGUGAAGACUGCCGUGUAUUGCAGAAAAUGUCAGGUGCCACUGUGUCUCAGUGCAAAAAAUAACUGUUUCAAGCGCUGGCACGACAACUUGUAGAGGAAAAGGAGAAUUAGGGGGGGCUGUUUUUAGUUUGGACUUUACAGCCAGUGUAAAUAGUUGUUUGAUCUUUUUUGUUUGACAGUUUACAGUUUGGUUAUUAUUGUUGAUAUGUUGUUUUUAUUUGGACUUUACAGUCAGUGUAAAUAGUUGUGAGUGUGUUUGUUUUUUAUCAUUGUUGAUAAAUAAAUGUUUCAUUUUGAUUCAAACUUCA